GCGCGCGCAGAGGGCGGAGCCUGCGCAAGUACUGACGGGAAGGUCUUUUUGUUUGGGCCGCACACACUCGCGACACUGCGUUCGAUUCCUCUGGUCCAUAACCGUUUUUUAUCUGCAUUCAUAUCGGUGUCUUUUAUGAAUAAUCAGAAGCAGCAAAAGCCAACGCUAACAGGCCAGCGUUUCAAAACUAGAAAAAGAGAUGAAAAGGAGAGAUUUGACCCUACUCAGUUUCAAGAAAGUAUCGUACAAGGCUUGAAUCAAACUGGCACUGACUUGGAGGCAGUUGCGAAGUUCCUUGAUGCCUCUGGCGCCAAGCUUGACUACCGCCGCUAUGCAGAGACACUCUUUGACAUCCUGGUGGCCGGUGGAAUGUUGGCCCCAGGUGGGACUCUUUCAGAUGACAUGACCCGCACAGAGUUUUGCCUCUUUACGGCACAAGAAGACCUGGAGACAAUGCAAGCUUAUGCUCAGGUUUUUAACAAGCUGAUCAGGCGUUACAAGUACCUGGAGAAGGGAUUUGAAGAGGAGAUCAAGAAGUUGCUGCUGUUCCUAAAAGGGUUCACUGAGUCUGAGCGCAACAAGCUGGCCAUGCUUACCGGUAUUCUGUUAGCCAACGGGAACAUAUCGGCCUCCAUCCUCAGCAGCCUCUUCAAUGAGAAUCUUGUCAAAGAGGGAGUGUCUUCAGCUUUUGCUGUCAAGCUGUUCAAGUCUUGGAUCAAUGAGAAAGACAUCAACUCAGUAGCUGGAAGUCUCCGCAAAGUGGGCAUGGACAACCGGCUGAUGGAACUCUUUCCUGCCAACAAGCGGAGCUGCGAGCAUUUUUCUAAGUACUUCACUGACGCUGGGCUGAAGGAGCUGUCCGACUUUGCUCGCAACCAGCAGUCCAUUGGCGCCCGCAAAGAGCUGCAGAAGGAGCUCCAAGAGCAGAUGUCCCGCGGAGACCCGCUCAAGGAGAUCAUUGCCUUCACCAAGGAGGAGAUGAAAAAGGCCAACCUCUCUGAGCAGGGCAUGAUUGGCAUCAUCUGGACCUGCGUGAUGAGCUCUGUGGAGUGGAACAAGAAGGAAGAGCUAGUGACCGAACAAGCCAUCAAACACUUGAAGCAAUACAGCCCGCUGCUGAAAGCCUUCACCUCCCAGGGUCUGUCUGAGCUCAGCCUGUUGCUGAAGAUCCAGGAGUACUGCUAUGACAACAUCCACUUCAUGAAGGCCUUUCAGAAGAUCGUGGUGCUCCUCUAUAAAGCGGAUGUGCUGAGCGAAGAGGCCAUACUGAAGUGGUAUUCGGAAGCCCACCUUGCCAAGGGGAAGAGUGUCUUCCUUGAGCAGAUGAAAAAGUUUGUUGAGUGGCUGAAGAAUGCAGAGGAAGAGUCUGAAUCUGACGAAGAGGAAGCAGACUAAAAAGUGAUUGCCAGAAGAGAGCUUCUCCCUCCUGCCCACACCCCAAUUUUUUUUUUUUUACAAAUCAUUGGAAACAGAAGCAGUAGAGUGUUGCCCUUCUGAUUUCUCUACCUCUUGAUAGUUCCCCCACCCACACGACCGGCACAUGUCAUUUGACUUUUUUUUAAGGGUUUAGUCUUUUGUAACCAGCUGUCAUCUUCAGUUCUUGCUCUUGGAGUGCCCUCUAAUUUGGACAGCAAACAUUCCGUGUGAUCUUGUGGCCUCUGCUCGCUCCUUUCUGCACAAAGGAGUUCACAACAGUCCCCGAGGCCAACACACUUCUUCAAUUUUUUGCCAAAGUUCUUUUUUUUUUUUUAACUAUUUUCUCACACCCUUCACUCCGUUAAGUUCAACUUUGCCCAGCUCAUUUAAACUCUGCUUACCUUUUUUGACUUUUGGGAGAAUCGGUUUUGCGUGUCGUGGUUUAGUCCAUUAAGACAUGCCCUCAUUAAGACAUGCCUCGCCAGUGAACAGAUUAUUGGUUUCUACUUUCUUUAAUCUGAUGUAAACCAAUUGACUUUUUUAUGGAAUAAAGAUUAUUAAAAUGUU